AUGGAAACUGGAAUUCUUGAAGUACUUCUUGUUAAUGCUAAAGGCAUUAGACAUACAAACAUUGUUGGAACACCUUCCUACUAUGUGAUUAUUGAGUGUGGGUCUCAAUCUCAAAGAAGCAAAAUUUCAUCAGACAAAAAUAAGAAUCCUUGUUGGAAUGAGAAAUUCAUAUUUGAUUUCUCAUCUUUUGAUUGCAAGAUGAAGUCAACAUAUCUCAAAUGUAAAAUCAUGGAUACAGAAUUCUUCACAAAUGGUGGAUUUGUUGGGGAAGCCAAGGUUUACAUAGAUGGAAUAAUCACUGAAGGAACUAAACAUGGAUUUAUAGAAAUAAAACCAGCUGCAUAUAAUGUGGUACUUGAAGAUGACACAUACAAAGGACAAAUAAAAAUUGGAUUUAAAUUCAUUGCAAAUAAAGAAAAAUAUGUGAUGAAGAAUCAAGAAUCCAUUGUUGUGGAGAAACAACCAAAACGUUCAAUUUGUGGAUCCAUUUGGAGAACAUCAUGGUGGAAAUUCUUGUUUUUCUAUAAUAAAAAGAUUAAUUCCAAAGAUAAACAAAAGAGAAAGUAG